GCAGCGCUAGUCCUGUCAGUCGCGAUAAUUGGUCCGUUGUUAGCGACAAUUAACCACUUUAUGUCCUUCUAUCUCGGGGAAAAAGAUGACUUCAGCACACGUGAAUUUGCGUUUAACAUGUUCCGCAAUUUGGUGGUACAAGGCAACCUGAUUUCGUCCGCGCGCUGGCCUCUGCGGUGUAUUUUCUUCUCGUGGUACCUCUUCUGCUUCUAUGUCUGUGCCUUGUACUCCGGAACGCUGACUGCCGUGCUGGCCAUCCCUGCCUUUGAGAAGCCGAUCGACUCCCUGGCGGACUUGCUGCGGGCCGUGAAGGAGGACGGCUUCAGUCCUCUCCUAAUCCACGAUACGUCUAAUGUGCACAUCCUGAAGGAAGCCACGUCGGGAAUAUAUAAGGAGAUCUGGGACAGAUUUGAGCCUGACAGUGGCUACGUGUUCAGCGCCAAUGAAGGCGUCGAUAAGGUCCUGACGGGGAAAUUCGGCUUCAUCAACGCGUGGUUGGUGUCCGAGAUCCGAAUCAGCGCUCGAGGCAAGGAGAAGUACCACUUGGCUCGCCAGACUUACUACCCGCAGAGAUACGGCGUCGCCCUCCACUCAGGGGCUCCGUACUUGGCCGUUUUUAACAAGAAGCUAACCCAGCUGGUGGAAUCCGGCCUUCAUCGGCAAGUGGAGGCGAGACGUGAUCGGAAGGGCGUCCGGGAAGGUAGCUGACGAAGGCCCCCACGGAGGUCCAGGCGCCAUCACCCUGACGCAUCUGCAGGCCGCCUUCUUCGUGCUCGGGGUGGGACUCCUUGUGGCAUCCUUCGCUCUGGGCUGCGAGGUCGGAUGCUGCGGGAGGCGAGGCAGGAGGGAGCGUGAGGAUAAACCCGGAACUUCGACCUCGCUUACAGCUGGACGCUAAUUUUCACGGGAUUUUCUAUUUUCAGAAUUUAUCUUAUUCUUGUAUAUCGCAGGGGUAUUUCUUAAGGAACGUUUUAUUUAGAACUCGGACGUAGGACGUAAGAGGAAUGCGUAAAAUCGGUAAAGAAAAAAAAAUCAUGAGUAAACACAAAUUACUUUCAUCUUUAUAUUGUGUAUUACACACACACACACACACACACACACACACACACACACAUAUAUAUAUAUAUAUAUAUAUUUAUUUAUUUAUUUAUAUGUGUGUAUUUAUAUAUAUUAUAUAUUAUUUCUUUGUACCACCUAAAACCAGUAUUUUAUUUUCUGCUUGAACUCUGAGAAGAUUUUUUUUUUACUAAUUUAGAACUUACUUGUCUUUUCCCUCACUCCGUACGUCGUCCUGUGUUUGCCAGUUUUGCCUUUACUGUACGUCUCGAAUUUGUCUUGUUUCUCUCUCUCU